AUGGCGCUGGUUCUCAAAGGUGCCAACGUCCACGCAAGAGAUAAAAAUGGCCGGACACCCCUCAGAACCUUGGCCUAUGAGAUUCAAAAACCAGGCAACGACUCUGCGACCUAUGCACAUUUGGAAGCAUGCUUUGCCUGGCUGUCGGGCCAAGCGGAAGCAAAACUGCGCUCAUCCGUAUUGGAUGAGUGGGGCUUGACCAGUCUCGACGAGUGUUACGAAGAGUCGCAUGUCAACUCGGUGAUCAACUGUCAUGCGAGAGACGGAAAGAGUCAGAGGGUCAUCAAGCGGCUGCGCGAUGUUCUAGAAGAGGAACAGGACAAGGAGUUCAGCAAGAUGAAAUGGAAACAACAAGAAAGUCUUGGUAAGAUAGAAGUGGUGAAGAAGCGGACUCAGACAUAUGAGGACGAGUAA